AUCUUGACAAAGGUCAAGCUAAAGGAUUGUCUUUAGCUUUAAAUUCUUUAUGUAAUUCUAUAAAUGCUGAGCAACAUUUACUUUAUAUUUUAAAGUCUUGUUCAGUUCAUUUUAAAAGAAAUGUAAGAAAUUCUAAAUAUUCAGAUGAAAGCAAAUUUUUAAUGCGUCAGCUUCUAAAAGCCAAAACUAAAGAUGAUGUAGAUUUUAUAUUUGAGCAGUUAGAAACUAUUGGUAAUGAGAAAAUUAACGAUUGGAUAACUGAAUACCAAACACCAUGGAUAUUAGCAUCAUUGAAUCAUAAUUAUUCUUUGAUGGAUUAUGAUAUUUGGAUGACUACCCCUUUUGAUACUAAUGUAUCUGAAUGUUCACACGCGAAUGUAAAUAGAGAAGGGACGCGAUUGAGAUUAAAAACUGCAAUAUUUCAUUCAUGGAACUAUGAUCUAACAUUGUAUAGGCGGUUUCAUAAUUACCAGAAAUAUAAUAUUCCUAUGUCAAGCAAGAAUAAAAGUGGUACAAAACGAAAAAUAGAUGCUAAUAAGCGAAAAGAAAAACGAAAGAAUAUCCAAAUUCAAAAAUUACCAAACAAAAGGCAGAAAGUGAGUGUUAAGGAAAAUGACUCAGAAUUUCAAAAAAGAAUUCAGGAGUUGGAAUAUGAAGAACGUAAGGAAGAACUAGAAAGAAAAAGAUUGGAUAACCAAUUGAAGAAAUUGGAAAUUGCACAGAAGGAAAAGGAGUUAA